ACAAAACCCACAUCCUUUUUGUUUUGCUAUAUAUUGCAUAGUGAACAGAGGAGAACAGCAGCUAGUAACCAUGGGAGCUUUCUUUACCUUGUCGACCUCUGCUGCUGUCAUCCUCCUCGUAAUUCCUGGAGGUUUAUGUGUGGAAAUAAUUGGAGGAGAUGAAGUAAAACCACACUCAAGACCGUUUAUGGCCCUAAUCGUAAAAGAGAAAACAAAAGUUAUCUGUGGAGGAGCUUUGAUCAAGCCAAACUGGGUGUUAACAGCUGCCCACUGUCCUGUGGACAAAAACAAGGAUGAAGUUGUUCUUGGAGCUCAUUCAAGAACAAGAAGAGAAAAAGAAAAACAGGUUUUUAAGAUUGCAAAACUAAUUCGCUAUCCACGGUACAGGCCUGGAAAGUGGGAUCACGACCUUAUGCUGGUGCAGCUUAAUAGAAGAGCAAAACUUAAUAAAGCUGUGAAACCCAUUGACCUGCCUACCUCAGGUGAUGAUCCGAAGCCAGGAACUGUUUGUAGAGUAGCAGGAUGGGGACUAGUUACAAAUGAAUGCGAGGACUUUUCUGAUACCCUGAGGGAAGUCAAAGUCACUAUCAUCAGCAGAGAAACUUGCAACAGCACAAAAUAUUAUGGGAACGAGACUACUAUAACAGACGGGAUGAUAUGUGCAGGGUCUAAGAAAGGCAAAAGGGACUCAUGUCGGGGGGAUUCAGGUGGACCUUUAAUAUGUAAAAAUGUGAUGAGAGGCAUCACCUCUUUUGGGAAAAAAAAUAAGUGUGGUGCUAUUGGUGCCCCUGGUGUCUACACUCGCCUCACAAAGCAAUACAUUCAGUGGAUAAAGGAAACCAUAGGGGGAGACUUACAGACCGGCUUUUGAUCAAGCAAAUUCCUACUUUGUACUUGCAUAGCAAAAUCUAGUUUUGAAAUAUACUUUUAAAACAGGUUCAUCUUACUGGUAAUAAUGAUAUUCCCACACAGCUAUUCCCAUGCUGAAUUUCACUAGCUUGAUGUUCUUAUAGAUGCAAUAACAUACAUUUAUUUUCAGGACAGAUGUCUUUUUAAUAGGACCAGGACACAGAACACUCUGCUAGAACAGUAUUUGUAGCUUACACUGCCAUAGAGUCUAUCUGUGACUCAGACUUCCAAUGUCCUUGUGUUGCAUGUGCAAACUGAGCCCUACCUGGAUGAGUACAUCUGAGCAAGAAUCUCAUCCAGCCAUUUGUGUCCUCACUGCACAUUGAGUAUAUACUGCUCUUUUCUCUAUCUUGACUUCUGCAAAUAACCCUAAGAGGUAAUGAGAUGCUAGGUACAACAGCAGACACCUGAAAAACUUGUUAGUUAUUUGGCAGAAGAUCUCCUGAUUAUAUAGGUAUAGAGGACUGAUAAAUUUCAGAAAAUUAAUUUUCAGCAACUGUUUAGUUGGACUUCUGACUGUGGGAUAUAAGAACUAUUUCCUAACUUUCAUGUAUUUGAAACCUCUAUACUUCAUCCCUUCAUGUAAUCUGCAUUUAAUAAAGAAACAGCAAUAAAACCUA